AUGACUUCAAGUUGGAAAUCAAGCAGCUCUUCUCCUGCUGGACUGACGGGUCAAGACGUAGUGAGGAAGAAACUGGAGAAGAUUGAACACACCCUGGACAAGCUGGUAAAGCUGAUAGAAGACUCUGAUGGAAAGGGCUCGACCAAAGAACUUUCAACAAAUGUUGCCCAAGAAAAAAAGAAGAGUGUGUCGCCAAAGUUAUAUCCAAACUCCAUCCUGUUUGCUCAGUGGGGCGAUGGUUUGUCAGAGGAGGAACAGAAGGAGGCUGAGAAUCUGUUUCAGCUUUAUGGAUACAACGUCUUCCUGAGCAAUCAGCUGCCGUUAGACAGGAAGCUUCCAGACACAAGAGAUAACAGAUGCCAAACGAGGAGUUACCCCAAGGACCUACCAAGCAUUUGCGCGGUGCUGAUCUAUGUAAAUGAAGCUCUUUCUGUCAUUAAAAGAGCAGUACGAAGUAUCAUCAACCGCACACCCAAGCAUCUGCUGAAGGAGAUCAUUCUGGUGGACGACUACAGCACCUACAAUGACCUCGGAGAAGCUUUAGACAACUACUUGGGGCAGAUUCACAAAGAGCAGCCUGGACUCAUAAAGAAAGUCCGGCAUAAUCGUCAAAUGGGUCUGUCCCAGUCCAGGCUCACAGGUUGGGAGCAUGCUACAGCAGAUGUCGUUGUCAUAUUGGAUGCACACAUUGAAGUCUCAGAGGGAUGGGCAGAACCUCUUCUGGACAGGAUCAGAGCCGACAGGACAGUCGUGGUGUCCCCUGUGUUUGAUAAGGUCCAUUAUGAUGACCUUCACGUGGAGGGAUACAUCUCAGCCUCUCAUGGCUUCGACUGGGCUAUGUGGUGCAUGUACGAGAGCUUCAGCUCAGACUGGUAUAAGAUGAACGAUGACUCUCAGCCCGGGAAGAGCCCCUCUGUUAUGGGGAUUUUUGCAGCAGACAGAGGCUUCCUUGGAGAGAUUGGAGGGCUUGAUGGAGGAAUGACAGUUUACGGGGGAGAAAAUGUGGAGCUUGGGAUCAGGGUGUGGCUGUGUGGGGGAAGUGUUGAGGUCGUGCCCUGCUCCAGAGUGGCGCACAUUGAGAGGGCGUAUAAACCAUACGCACCUGAUCUGGACUCUGCCAUGAGGAGAAACGCCUUAAGGGCUGCAGAGAUCUGGUUGGAUGAUUACAAGAAGAAUGUGCUCAUCGCCUGGAACCUUCCUCUUAAGAAUCAUGGAAUUGAUAUUGGAGACGUGUCAGAGAGGAAGAAACUCAGAGAAAAGCUGAAGUGUAAACCCUUCCAGUAUUACCUGGACACUGUUUAUCCAGGUCUGGCAUCAUGGGAUAACGUCCUUGGAUACGGUACACUGCAGAACACCCUUCUUAAGAGGUAUUGUGUGGACCAAGGAGCUGUUCCUGGAAAUAUCCCCAUUCUGUUUGAGUGCAACAUGUUUCAGCCACAGCUUUGUUACUACAACACAGAUGGUGAAAUCAUAAUCGGGGGGCUCAGAUCUCACAAUUACAACAAUAACCGUUGCUUGGUUGAUAUGGGCUCUGGCAGCACUCCCACUCUGCAGGACUGUAAGGUGGCAAAACAAAACCAGCUGCACAUGCACUGGGACUUCAAACAAGGUGGAGCCAUCCGAAACAAGGCGACAAACAGAUGUCUAGAGGUCGCCCAGGGUGUAAACCUUUUCUAUGAACUUAUCAUUCAGCAGUGCAGCGGGCAGAGCUGGAGGAUUGAUCAUAUCAUCACAAGCUUUUAACUCAGGAUAAUGAAUAAAGAACUUGCGCCUGGCUUUUAGUAAGUGUUAACAAUGAGUUUGUUUGACAGAAACUUGUUUCACCACCCUUCAAAAGUUUCCAAUGACUUUACUUCCAAAACACAGAGAUGAGGAAUCAUAUUGUUUGUGUGGUAAAUCUACAUACAGGCAGGUGUUACACUGAAAGAAGCCUCUGCUAUUGUAAACAUAUUUUUACGUCAGGUUGUAUUGUGUUUCAAUUUUGUCUACUUUUCAUCAUAUUUGAGUAAAAUUUGUUUGAUGUUGUGCUGAAUUUUUUAACAAAACCUAAAUAAGUUGCAGUUUCCAGAAUGUUACCCUUUCAUGUACUUGGUGCACUCCAGUAGACAGUCAUUUGUAAACCAUUUUAACUGUUUGUAGUACCAUGCCCCAAACACCAGGUGGUAAAC